AUGGGCAGCCAGGAAAUAGGCAGCGGGUCAGAUCGACCUGCGCCGCGUAAACGGACCAAAACUGGAUGCAUUACCUGCAGGAUUCGUCGUGUGAAGUGCGACGAGACUCGACCGAGCUGCAACAGAUGCACCCAGUCCAAGCGGGUAUGCGAUGGCUACCUGCCCAACACAGAACAGGACGACCCUCGUGGUGAGUCCUCGGGCAAUGGGCGCCGCACCACGACGGUCAAACCCGUCUCGCGCCGUGCGCUCGCCAUCGCCAUUCGACAGGUGAACGUGGUAGGGCCAGCGGUGCGCGUGCUGGCGCCGUCGCCGUACCUCGAGGACGACGUUGCCUGCUUCGACUUCUUCCGCCUGCGGCUGACGGCAGUAUCGAGUGAUCCCAAGGACUCGGCCCAGAGCGUCAGCGGCUUCUGGAACUGCACGCUGCUGCAGGCUGCGCAUCUCGAGCCGGCUGUGUGGCAGGCCGUCGCGGCUCUGGGUGCGCUGUAUCGGAGAUGGGAGGUUGUGUCGGGUGGUGGUGGUGGUGGUGGUGGUGGUGGUGGUAGUGGUGGCCGUCAUCGUUUGUCACGACAUGCAAAGAAGCAAAAGAAGGAGGGAAAGAACCUCCUAUGGUUGGAAGCCUCGAGCAGCAGCAGCAGCAGCAGCAGUGAUGACACCGGCUCACAUGUCAGCACACCAAGUAGUAGCAGCAGUGAUGAGAAGAACGAAGACAACGACGACAACGACGAUGAAGACCACGAUGAUCACGGUCAUGGUUCUGGUGUGGCGGACCAGUGGAACGAACAGUCUGUGCGACUCGCAGACCAGGCUGGUACUUGUUACAGCAGCGCCAUGAGGCUGGCCAGCUCCAUCCGGGACCCGAGCACCAUGCUCGUGCUGAGCCUGGCCCUGGCCGCGGCGGCGAACCUCUCUGGGAGAUGGGUUGACAGCAGCGUGCACUUCCGCGCGGGCCAGAGGAUCAUGACCCAGCUCCGGAGCGAGGCACAGGGGAGGCCCAUCCGGGACGUGGAGAUGCACGCCGCCGAGAGCCUGGCCAGGCUGGGCGUGCAGUGGCUGUCCUUUGGCGACCAAAGGGCACCGUGGCCGCGCGAUUCUGAGGAGGCCUUCUUCAUGCUGCCCUCGUCGUCAGAGGCGGGACAGUAUGGGGUGCUCUGGAGCCUACACCGUGCCCACAUCGCCCUCAUUGGGAUCCUCGGACGUGUGCUGGCUGGGGCAGGAGGCGAGGACAUAGAAAGAGAGCAGCAAAUGAACGUACCAGCAGCGGACACGAACAACACCACCAACACCACUGACAGAUCUCACUCUACUGCCACAAGCACCACCGUGCCCUCACCCACUGAGGCCGAGGCCGCCGUCGUUCGGGAUCUGGAGGCGUGGGAACAGAACCUCACCGACCUCCUCGAGAGCAACAGCGUCUCGUCGUCGGCCAACCCUCACCACCACCACACAAACCCUCUCGACCUGCUCGCCCUCAAGCUCCUGCACGCGGCCACCCGCCUCCUACUAGCCGCGAAUAUCAUGCGGCCCGACUACAGCGAGCUGGGCUGGGACGGCUGCCUGGGCUACUUUGAGCGCAUCCUCGCGCUGGUGGCCCUCGUCCUGCGCGCCGAGGCGCACAAGAACCCGCUCCUGCAGUCCGUCAUGUCCCUCGACGAGCCCGCUAUCAACGUCGUCCUUUGGCUCACCGCCUACCGUUGCCGCCACCCGAUCCUCCGACGGCGGGCGCUGGCCCUGCUGCAGCGGGCGAGGCGGCUGGAGGGCGUGUGGAUGAGCACGAGCACGGCGGCGGCGGCGAGGAAGGUCAUCGAGGUCGAGGAGACAGGGGGUCUGAGCAGAAACAGCAGCAGCGGUCCGUCCGCCACGUUGGAGCAACAACAACAACAACAACAACAACAACAACGAGAAGAAGAAGACAACAAUAGCGGCUUCUCCUUCUCCUCGUCCUCCUCCCUUCCCAGCUACAACGUCGGCGGGUGGUCUGCGGUAGAGGCGGCGCUGAACCGGGAGAUCGAGGCCGAGGACCCGCGGUCGUGGCUUGGCCCGCACUGUGCGCGCCGCUGGGCGUCCGAGUCCAAGAUGGGCUGGGGCGUGCUGCCGGGCGACUUUGUGGUGCCGCUGCGGCGGCGUGUCACGCACUUGGGUGUGUUGGCCGAGUAUGACCCGCGCGUGGGCAGGUCGAGGGCCGACCUGGUGUUGCACUUUGCGGACUGGGGCGUUGAUGGCCAGCUGCGGAGGGAGAUGCUGUCGGUGUACUUUUGA